GUGGUCAAUGAAAUUGCCAAAAUCGAAAUCAAACUAUUAAUCGAAAAAAUAGUUAAUCGAUUCUCGAUUUAGUUUAGUUUUGCAGUUCCGUUCGAUUUUCGGUUUACUUGUGGAGUUGUGGGCAUAAGUUGCAUUGUAGUCGUGUGACGGUGUGAGUGACCACACCCUUAAGUUUCCUUCCAACCCAAACGAUUAACGGAAAUGGACCAGCAUUAAUUAAACUGAGCUUGUUCAUUCGCAGCCCAGGCCCAUCAGUCGCUGAACCUGCCCUGCAUUUUCGCUACAGAAUCCAUUGCCGAUCAAUUGGAAGAUUGAAUUCACAAAACCCUAAACCCUCUUCGUUGUCAUCGUACAUGGCUUCGAUCGGCGAAGGUCCUUCGACUCCGCCAAAACCCGCCGACGAGAAGCCGGUGAUUGUCAGGGUUAAGCGCAAAGCUUACCAGUCACGUCUCGAAGCCUUCUGGCUUGAAAUCAAUGAGAGGCCAGUUAAGCGGGCGUUGCUGGAUUUUGAGAGGUUGUCGAUCUCUGGUUCAUCUGGAAAGGAACCGGAGGGAUUAAAAACUAAAAAGCUAUUGGUGCGACAUGUGGAGACAGUGCACAGUUCCAAGGCCACGUUUGAAGUUUUACAAUCAUUUGUGAAACCUGAUUUUGCUGAUGCUUUAGAGAGUAAAACAAAAAGUGUAAGACGGAUCUCUAAUAAGGAGAAUCGGAAGCAAGGUCAGCUGUUGUUUAGGGCCAGACAAGAACAGCAGGAUUUAGUGAAAACUGCUCGAUUCAAGCAAAUAUGGAGGAAGAGGGAAGGAAGCAAGGGGGGACUUGAGGGGGGCGAGUAUAAAGCACUUCAUGAAGCAUGUCAUUUCUAUGAUGUUGUUCGUAUUGAUGUUGAUGAAACAUCAAAGGUGGUGCAGCAGCCUGAACAUUUGUCAUUGGAAGACAGCAUGACAUUGCAUAGCUAUUUACCUCUAUUACGAGAGUUCCUUCCAGAUGCUGCUGAGGAGAUAGAAUCUGAUAUUCGUGGCUAUAUGUCAAGUCAAGGUUAUGCAGAAUCUCUGGAUGACUUUGUAUACGAUCUGUAUGCUGUGGAGGAGGAUGAUGCGAUGAGGAUUGAUGAAGCUGUUCCAAGUCCUUUUCCUUUGGUACAAGUAGACGAGGAUGACUAUUUUUAUGCUGGGCCAGAGGAAUCAGAGUAUGAAACUGAUGAUUCCAAUGCUGAAGAUAACCCACAAAAUGACUAUCCCGAUGAGGAGACAUCUGAAGAGGAAGUUGAGAGUGAAUCCUCCAGUGACAAAUUAGAAAAAUCUGAAAGUGAAGGUGCUAGUGAGUCAUCUUCGGAUAAUGCUGACAUAUUACAUAGGGAUGAAGUUAUUGAUGAUAAAGAUUGCAGUUACCAAGAAGAUGAUUAUGAUGCUGAUGAUUUUGUUUAUGAUGAUGAUUACGGUUUUACUGAAGAAGAUGAUUAUGAUUCUGGUGGUUACAAUUGAAGUAGUUAUUAUAAUUUUGGUGAAGAUUGGAGAUGACCUUAAGUCAUUUCUUAAGGAACUGAUGCUUCAAGCUCCUGUAGAUAAACUGUCAACUUGGUACUCACAUCUAUCUUGUAACUACACUUUUUUUUUUUUUUCUUUCUUUUCCACCGAGUAGCCCUUGUUAAGAUAGUCUUGGCUGUCGUUUAUAUAUUUGCUUAUGUGUGUAUAUGAACUCAUCCAGUGGUAUUAUAUCUCAAGGUAUCGGACAGUCCUAAUAUGGUUUGCUUAGGGCGUUGACUGGCCUGGCAAUUAUUAAUUUUUUUAUCAA